AUGCUCAGGUUGCCAAAGUUACAAUGGCAACUCCACUCUCCACGAUCUACGCAAUUGCGCACCUUACGAACGGGUGCUGAACCCAUUCCCAAGUACAUCAAAGUAUGGAACCCUGCACAUGUCCCGGAAUCCUCAAGCCCUCAGGAUGUACGCAUUUCAAAUGUGACCAAUAAAGCUAGCAAUAGCCUUGGUCCUUCAAAAAGCGCUGUUGAAGCGUAUAGCCGUGGGGUUGGCCCUGGAGUACGACGUGUACCGUUAGAUCAGCAUUGCAUUCCGCCACUAUCCCUUGUACUCAAGGCAGCCUCUUCAGGACCCUCACCAAGAUCUUUCUACAGAGUACUAUGGCUUGCAUAUCAGAACGCCAGAAAAACGGAUCCUGAACGACUGAGGCGCAUGAGAACACACUGGUGGAGCCUUACUUGGACUGUACUCAAGAGCGGCAUAGAAGCAGCUGUAGGCGAGGAGUCAAUUCAACAUAGAGCCCGUCUCGAUGAACUCGAAAAUGACAUGCGCCUAUUCAAGAUAAGAUUGUCGUACGCUGUGAGGUCGCAGCAAUUGAUGGACAUGUUUGUGGCUAGAAGGGAAGAAAAACUGGCCAUACGCGAAUGGGAGGCAGAUCACCAAACUUUUUUGGACAGCGCACGGCAGAUUUUCCCAGCGGAACACCUCGAAGUAGGAGCCAAGCUAUUUUCCCUCACUGGCGAUCUCGGCCGAUCGUUACAACUAAUGGACCAACUCUUGAACGCCUACCCCGGAUGGGACUCAUCGAUCAUAAUGCACGUGUUUCGUGCUCACGCCAGUUCAAAAGCAGGGCAUGACCAUAAGGUUGCCAAAAUCCUCUACUCCAGACUAAAAGAACGACGAGGGAAAAAUAUGAAUAUGGAUGAUUAUACCUCGUGCUUUGUCGGAUUUUUGGAAGCGCGCCACCUGCCGUAUGCCCAGCUUGUCUUUCAAGACAUGUACAAUGACAUUCAACUAUCCGGUACUAGCAAUGUAGAAAUGGCCAAAGAGGUUUUGACAAAACUGCACAUGCUUUAUCGGUUAGGUACUGAUAUCUCGAAGACGACAAGCAUCGCACUGGCCGCCCUCUCAACCUUACCACGCGUUUAUCACGACCACAUAUUUGGAGACUGGAUAAAAGCGGCGGUAGUUUACAAAGCGCCCGAAGCAGCUGGCCAGAUUCUGGACAUGAUGUAUGAUCAUGGUACUCAACCAAGGACUUUUCACUUCAACAUGCUACUCAAAACACUCUUCCGUACCGGGGAAAGGAGUGAUAUUCUCAAGGCUGAAAAUAUCGGAUGGCAGAUGAUUGAAGAGACCCGGAAAGCGCACAAGAAGAAAGCGCGCCAAACACCAGAUGCCACUAAAGACGUUGUGCGUAAGACACCAGUUGCGGACGUGACAACCUUUGCAUUGAUAAUACACCACCACGCUCUGGUGUCGCAAUGGGAGCACGUCGAUUACCUCGUUCGGCAACUACAAGAGGCCUCAAUCUUUCCUAAUGCCAAUAUGAUGAACGUGCUUAUUGACAACAAGUGCCGUCAGGGCUUCUUCGCUGACGCUUGGGGCAUUUAUAAGUUCCUGACACGACCGCCUGAAGGGGAAAAUGGAGUCUUCCCCGAUGGCGCCACCUUCCGCCACCUUUGGAAAACAUUACGUCUCGCGCUUGGUGACCAGGCUACUAGAGAUGACUCCGAUCUGCCUUCUCCGGUUGAAUUAUUGAAGGAAAUGGUUCACUGGUGGCGUGCGACGCGCAGGCGCCCCGACGCUCCCGAAUUCUUGCAAGGUCUUGCAGGGUCAGAUAAGGGUGCUGCUCUAAACCUGAUUUUGCACUGUUUUAGUUACAAACAGGACCUUGUAGGGUCACUCGUCGCACUCCAUGCCAUGCGACAGUAUUUUGGUCUCAUGCCCAGCUAUGAUGCAACCAACAUUGUACAUCGACAGCUGGCAUGGAUCGAUAUGUCUCACGAGCCCGAAAGUAUCAGCUCCCAGGGAAGCCUGAGCCGUUCGUAUACACGCAGAAUCAAACGCAUUCUCAAGAUCUACCACGUCCUUGUGCAGCAACGCGCAAUGCGAUUGGACUUGGGCACCAAGGGUCUGAAGGGCCUGAAUGAUACGGAAAUUGCGGAUGUGAGAUUGAAUGCGCUCAGUGAGUUGGUGAGGGUGCUGUUGAAGAGGAUCUAUGCUCCUGAGGUUGUGGAAGAGAUGAUCGAGGCCACGAAAAUGGCAGUUGGGUUGCCAGACUUGCCCACGGGGGAUAUGACAGCUUGGGAGGUUGCUUAA